UCCCCAGCCGGGCCGGGCCUCGUCCCCGGCGGUGCUGAGGGCGCCUCCCUCUCACCGAGAGAGGUCGUGGGCGUUGCUGGGGACAUCGCGUCCCGAACAGGUGAGCUGCGGACGAGCCCCUCGUGUCCGGCACAAAAGGAAUGUUAUGAUUUUAAACAAGAGAUAAAACUGCUGAAAGGCCAGAGCUAGACCCAGCAACAAACUAAUGGAGGUGUGCAGCAAAAUGGGUUGAGAGCAGAGCUGCCUUAUUCCACCUUGUUUUUGCACUGUCUUCAGUUUUGCUUCAGAGAGCGCUCCAUAUCUAAAUGGGUUUGUCAAAUUGGCAAAGAAGAACAGACAACCUCUGGUGUCUGUUGCAUCCUGAUUUAUCCACUUUGCUUCUGGCAGCCUAUGAAGGAGAUCUACUGCAGUGUGCCUGUGAACCUCCCGUGCAAGCAGAUAAGGAAUUUCUGUUUUCUGUUUUCAACCAGUGCUGGCUGAGCUGAAACUUCCCACAUCUUGUGGAGAGCAUGUAUAAAAGGAAUGACCUCAUGGCCAGUGUGAUGGUCACCUCUGCCACUCCAGAGGGUAGUAGCAGCUCAGAUUCUCUGGAAGGGCGAAGUUCGGAUUAUGCCAAUAAAAGCUAUGAUGCAGUUGUAUUUGAUGUGUUGAAAGUAACUCCUGAGGAGUUUGCUAGCCAGAUAACAUUGAUGGAUAUGCCAGUAUUUAAAGCUAUACAGCCUGAGGAACUAGCCAGCUGUGGAUGGAAUAAGAAAGAAAAACACACCCUCGCUCCAAAUAUUGUUGCCUUUACUAGGAGGUUUAACCAGGUCAGUUUUUGGGUUGUACGAGAAAUAUUAACAGCACAGACCUUAAAAAUAAGGGCAGAAAUACUGAGCCACUUCGUGAAAAUAGCUAAAAAGCUUCUAGAACUGAACAAUCUUCAUUCCCUUAUGUCUGUGGUGUCAGCACUGCAAAGCGCACCUAUCUUCAGGCUGACUAAAACUUGGGCUCUUUUGAAUCGGAAAGACAAGACCACCUUUGAGAAGUUAGACUAUUUGCUGUCUAAGGAAGAUAAUUAUAAAAGGACACGAGAGUACAUCAGAAGCUUAAAAAUGGUUCCUACAAUUCCAUAUUUAGGAAUUUAUCUCUUGGAUUUAAUCUACAUAGAUUCUGCAUAUCCUGCUUCAGACAGCAUAAUGGAGAAUGAACAGAGAUCCAAUCAAAUGAACAAUAUUCUCCGAAUAAUAGCUGAUCUGCAAGUAUCCUGCAAUUAUGAUCAUCUCACAACACUUCCCCAUGUGCAAAAGUAUUUGAAGUCUGUCCGUUACAUUGAAGAACUUCAGAAGUUUGUAGAAGAUGACAAUUACAAAUUAUCUUUAAGAAUUGAGCCAGGUAACAGCUCUCCUCGACUGGUUUCCUCCAAAGAAGAUCUUGCAGGUCCGUCUGACAUAUCAGCAAUUAUGAAAUUCAGCAGGAGACCCACAUGUCCUGAUGCCUCAGUAGCAGCAAGUCUACCUACACCUCCUGUACCAAGGCACCGGAAGAGUCACAGCUUAGGAAACAAUAUGAUGUGUCAGUUGAGCGUCGUGGAGAGCAAAAGCGCCACCUUCCCGACGGAGCGGCCACGGCACCUGCUGGACGACAGUGUCCUGGAGGGUCACAGCCCCGCGCGUGGCCACGCGCCCAGCACGCGCCUUGCCAACGGCCUCUCCAUAGAUAGCAGUGAAAGCUCAGAAUUUAGUGAGGAGCUGCCGUCAGGGCUUGAAAGGGGUCGUUUAUAUGCCACGCUGGGACCUAACUGGAGGGUACCAAUCAGGAAUUCUCCUCGGAGUCGAAGCUGUGUCUACAGCCCAACAGGUGCAUGCAGCUGCACAGCAGGUGGUUCUACAGGAGUCAUUACCAUGGAAGGGCCUUUAAGAAGAAAAACGCUGCUCAAAGAAGGCAAGAAACCUACUCUCUCCUCAUGGACUAGAUACUGGGUCAUGCUUUCAGGAUCAACUCUUUUGUACUUCGGAGCAAAAGCUUUAAGAGGCACUGAAAGAAAACAUGCAAUGUUUACAAGUUUCAGACUGGUUCAAGGUUUCAUGCAAUAUUAUGGCAUAAACAUCUGGAUGAUGCCUGCAAAAGCAACAAGCCUCAGCAUCAUUAUUCAGACUUCAUCAAUCACCAGAGAACCUCUUCUGACUUUCCUAAGAUUGCGUAGAGGAGAAAUUAGCAAGCCAGCCCCUAACUUACAAACCAGGAACACCAUGAAAGUCAGUUUAAGUGAACAGAACCUCUACUAGAACAAGCUCCCUGGCAUCAGCAGUAUGUAUUCCGUGGGCUUCCAUGAUUUUUUAUGUUUUAAUUUUGAAACUUAAGGAGAAAAAACCAACUGUAUUGUUAAAUGUAGGUCAAAAGUAAAUUUAUUGUUCUUUUAAGAGUUCAUGUUACAAUCCUGAAAGCCUAAUACAUACCAGGUUUUCAAGAAAAACAGUUCCUGACGACAAUUGCAUUUAGAUCCUGGGACAUGAGAAAGUGUAUGUAAAGUUGAUAAAAUUUGUUUGAUAACUGAGGAACUGUGUGAAAAGAGUGGUAAUUAAAAUAUAUAUUUGUAUCGUUUUUCUCUUUCUUUGCUAACUUAACUUGGAACUAGAAAAAACAUGGUUAUCUGCAAGGGCAGAGCAUCGAACGCCAUUAGAGAUGGUGUAGAAGCUUUUGAAUGUGGUAACAUCCUAUCGGCAGUGAAUGACUUCAGACUGUUAGGCUAUGAUAUAGCUGCAUUAUUCUGCACCUGUGGAUUUUUGUGAUUAGUCAUCAAUGAAAUUAAACAUAUUUUCCGUAUAGCACAAUUGUGAAAUUGCUGCAGAGUAUUGAGAAAUUCGGAUUGAUGGCAGUGAAAGAAUACUAGUAAAACAUCUUAAACCAAUUUUAAAUUGGUCUUUAAGUAUUAAAUAGUUUGUAGCUGCUGAUUAGAGGUGUAAUGAUGCCAUUUGGUACCAUUUGCUAUUACCAGGUAGUUCUAUGGUUAAUUGAAAGCUGCUAUUGAAAUACAAUAGGUUGCCUGUCACUACUGAUUGUUACAGCACAUCCACAAAAAAAAAAAAUCACAAGCCGUACAAGUUUUCCUCCAUCAAAGAGAACAACUACAAUAGUUAUGUAAAAGUAAACAUUAUAUCAUAAUUGCCAUUUUUAGAAUUGUGAAGAUAUAAUAACUGUAGGUGAUAUUAUUAGUUUUAUUUAAUGUAUUAUUUAAUUAAUCUGAUUAAUUUUUAAUUUUUAUUAUUUAAUUAUCCGUUAUUUAUUUUUAUUUAUUUAUUUAAUUAAUUUUUAUGUAAUUCAGUGCCAAAAUGCAUGUUUUUCCAAAUAGCACUAAAAUGAGGCAAAGAAACUAGUUUUCAAAGUGAGACUGAUUUGUCACACUAUAAUGUUAAUCAAUUUCAAAAUUUUGGUUUGUUUUGUGUGGAAACUGUUGCACUAUUUUUGGCUGUGUUUUCCAGCAGUCCACUGCAUGCCAUUUGUGUAAAGGAUUCUUUCUAUAAUUCUUGUGAACUGUCUCACCUGUAAGAACUCUGGUGUUGGAAUCUAGGUUUUUGGCAAAGUAUUUUGUUACCUCAGUCUUGUAUCGAGUUGCUGCAUUUUUCAGUUUGUUACAUUGAUAAUAAUGAUUGUUUUGCUAAUUAAAUACUUUAAUGUAAAAAAAGUUUGUUUACUACAACAGUAAUAGCAUUUGGUGGUAAGUUUAAAAAUGUGCAGGGUAUGUAUGCUGUUGACAAUAAAAUACUCUGAAAAAGAAUAGUAGAGGUACAGAAGGAAUGUUUUAGCUCAAAGGCAGCAUUGCAUGUUUUAUUUGUGAAUGAAUGGUAAUAUAAUUGAACAGACUUUAUGGAGCACAGAGUCUAGCCAUUUAGUAGUAUAAAACAACAGAAUCAAUCUUUCUAGGAUAAAAUUGAAAAAGCCUCCAAAUUUUCAGCUUUUUCAAGUGAAUUUUGAAAGUCCAAAGAAGUAGAGACAAACUUAAAUUUCUUUGCACUUUAAAUUUA